AUGACUCUGUCCUCUGUAAUAUUUCGUCCCUACAGGAGUCUUGGGCUCGUCUCCUCAGAUGUCCCGUUUGUUGUGAAGUACAAGCCACAUUCCAAGGAAUAUAAUGUGCUGGUUCCUGUGGGAGAACGUUUCAACAUUUAUCAGCUUCCGAAUCUCAGGCUUCUUGGGAUAAGUGAUUGUUUGCCGACCAACAUAAUCGCUUUCACAUCCGAUCGUUCAUAUGUCUAUGGGGCAUCCAAAAACGUCAUCUACGCUUUUCGUGGGCUUCAUCACAUACAUUUUAAACUAGAGGGUCACAAUUCUCCCAUUCGGAAGAUUAUUGCUUUUGAGGACCGCUACCUUGCCUCUUACGAUGAGGCCGGACUCUUUAUCCUUUGGAAUUUGCAAACACGAGAAAGUCUUUCUCAAACUGUCUUUUCUACGAAUGUCUUCGACAUCUCCUCAAUGUGUCAUCCCACGGGUUACGGUGACAAACUGUUGCUAGGUAGCUCUCAGGGCCCUCUUCAAUUGUGGAAGACGCUCGCAAAGAAAUCAAUUUAUUGGUUUAGGGGCUUUGAUUCGUCU